UGCUGUUUAUCGUCGGAAAUACCAAGAGUCAAUUUUUUUUGAUAUAUCGAUAGCGAUUUCCUUCUUUUCGGGAUGAAAACAAACCAGUACUAUUUUAACGGGGUAUAUAAGAGGGUAUGAGCCCUUGUUCACGGUCAAUUAUAUCUCAGAACUUGCUACAGUUAAAUCACCCAUUUCCGACUUGCGAUAUUGGUCAAGGUCGGCGCCAUCUUGAUUCUUCUCUUUUUUCCGGUAGUUCUUCAGUGAGUGUGAACGAUAGUCUUUGCUAUAAAAUGUCUUUUUUUAAAUUCCUUUUUGUGGCGGCGAUAGUUUCAAACGCAACAUUUAUUGAAGGUUAUUCCUUAUCAAACCUGGACAUAGUAACGCGUGACGAAUGGCAGGCCAGGCCGCCAAAACUUGUAGAACCGAUGCCAAAUCCAGUGCCGUACGUCAUCAUCCACCACAGCUACCAACCUGCUGCCUGCUACACUCCAAAAGCUUGCAUCAAGGCAAUGCAGUCGAUGCAAAGAUUCCAUCAGGACGAUAGGGGUUGGAAUGAUAUCGGUUACAGCUUUGGAGUGGGAGGUGAUAACAGGGCUUACACGGGGAGGGGAUGGUCGGCUGUCGGAGCCCACUCCCCCCACUACAACAACCGCAGCAUCGGUAUUUGUGUCAUAGGAGAUUGGACAGAAAAACUACCCCCAACGUCCCAACUACAGACGAUCAAAGAGCUCAUCGACUACGGUGUACAAAAAGGCAUGAUACAACCGAACUACAUGCUGCUAGGUCACAGACAGGUCAGGGAUACGGAAUGCCCUGGAGAUGCCCUGUUCAACGAGAUUAAAACGUGGCCUCAUUGGAUACCAUCUCCACCCAACGAAGACGUACAGGUGGAAAAUGUGAACAGCGGGGCCAACGCUGUAUUACUUUAGUAAAUGACUAGGCAAAUUAA